UUUGCCUGGUAGAAGAAAAUUGAAUGGUUAUUGGCUGCUUCUAGAAAGCUUAUAAAUCAGCUAAGAAGACAGAUUUCUGACAAUGGGCUACCUCACUUGUCACAUGCAUCCUUUGAGUACGCAUACCGUGAGAUUUGACAUGUAGCUAGUGAUUAUGACAAUCCACAACAGUCGGAUUAUGAUUAAUCAAUUUCUUUGAGAGAAAAAGUGAAAUCAUUUAUCUCAUAAGUGAAACUUCCUUCGUUACUCAAGUGUAAUCCUGAAACCUGCAAAGAAAAAAGAAUUGGAAAAAUCGAAAGGAUAUAAUCCUUUUAUUUUCCACUCCACUAGUUGCUUUCCUGAAUUCCAGGCUGCUGCUAGGCAGCAGUUUUUAUUCCUUUCAGCGUUUUCUUGUAUCUAGACAAGUUGUCAUGACAAUUACCAAGCAAGAACAGUUUUUUUUAUGUUGCAAUUGUAGCUUUAAAACACAACAUUCUGGUUUCCCCAACCUGUUCCUAUUGUUCCCAUUCUCGUUUUUUCUCAUACUUCCUAUCUUUAGUUUCAUUGUUACACUUUUUUUCUGCAACAUGCGCGUAUCAAAUGACCCCUGUGAUCUCAUCUCUUCUGGAGAUUGGAGACCAGUGAAGAGGCCCUUGGGCCAAUAUCUUGUGUAGUUUGGUGUUCACUUCAGAGCCUAGGGAACUACAAACGCUACUUUACACUCUACAGUCUACUUUUACAUUCUCUCACUGUCUGUCAUGGUUACUUGCCUUGCUCGCUCUCCAUUCACCUCCUGACUCUUUGUGGCGGGGAGUCCUAAUACCGUUUAUUCUCAUACCAACUCUUUUUUAUUCAGAGUUCGCGUAUCAACCAAUGUGUAUAAACCUCUACAGCUGUUAGUCUGUAUCUAGGAAGUGUGUCCUGCCAAUUUACUGUUACAAUUUCAGAAAAAUUUUAUUCAAAUUGAAAUCCUCUGGUGUGAUGGAGUGAGCUGAGACUGAGAUGAGAGAAAUUUUAUUCAGAUCUCAAGAAAAAUGUGUUAACUUUAACAAUGUCUAAGGGUAUUGGUUCGGACACUGAUCCUGUAAGGGACGUCGGUGUGGCAGCAACCUCUCCUGGUACCCAGCGUCGACGAGAUCUUGCGUCGAAAAUUGAGCCAAAAGAAAAUAGAGAAGAAGCUAAUGACGAGAUCGACCAUGAUUUCGAAUCCCUUGAGUACGAGGAGGACGUUUAUUACACCGGAAUUGGUGCCACACCGAGUUUUGAUGAUAUUGACGAACUCCUGAGUGAUAGUGAUGAGGUUGUAGUUCAUUGUUGGCGAGGAUCGAACGGAGACAUUGAAGAGAUUGUUGUUGAUGACCCCUUGUACUGUCUCCACGAUUUUCAUAACGUAGAGAACGAUCUCGCCGGUCGGAAAAUCCGAGAGCAACAGCCGCAGGCCCCGAAAUCAUGCGGUGUUAGGGAAAAGGUCGCGAACGGAAAUGAGAAGAAAAAAAAAAAGUCUAUCAGAUUAAUUUUUCAAGAACUUUCUAGACCGUACUUGGAAAAAAUUAACAGUUCUCCUAACUACAGGAGGUUCAUUGAGAUUGUAAAAGGAGAAGAAGCUUCCUCCCCGUUGUUUGAAGAACCUCCAGACUCUGCACAUCCUUUGUCAGAAUACAGCUUCUCUGACCAUGCGGAACCACAGGAGAGGGAAUUACAAAUCAAAGAAUGGACUGCGGAGCUUGCAAAGGUCGAAGAGGAGAUACAGACUCUGCGACAUGUUCUUGCGAGCAAAGUGAGAGUAUCUCAAGAGCUCAAACGAAAGCUGGGCAUCGGGGCAUGGAAGGAACUGACAGACGAUGUGAACCAAGGCCUCCGUAACGUGAAGGAAAGUCAAGUAUUCCAAAAAACAGAAUCAGUGAUAAAAACAACUGCUGAAAAAACAACCAGCAUUCUUGGUGGAUUCAGCAGUGGAAUUACUUCGAAACUUGGGCAGAUGCGGAACUCUGAGAGUUUCCGAUCACUCGAAGAAAAAGUUGGUUCGGCGUAUGAGAACGUCAAGACAAAAGUCGUUCCUUCAAGGUCAAAUUCAACGCAGAGCUUCGACGAGGCAUUGAAAGAGGCGGAGGCAACGAGACGGGCGUCAGCAGCGCCUUGCGCGACCAGUCCAACGAUUCCAGAAGGCAAAGCUCUAUUUUAGAGUCGAUUGGCGAGGUUUAAAUUCCUUGGCACUUAUCUACACUCUCCGCUACCCAUUAUCGCCGUCAUGCAGCCUCCCCUGCGUUCUCCAGCCUCUACGAUAUUUUAUUUUUAUCCAUUGGUCUCUUUCAUUCUGUAGUACACUUAUCAACUUUGCGAGGGCGAUGAGUAAUGAUCGUGGGGAGGCGAGACACCGUCCCAAGACAAUAUCUUAAUAGACCUCUAGAAAAAUCUUCGGAUUGUCGUUUGCCAAUGAAACUGAAACCACUCACGAUGGAAGAAAUAUCGAAUUUUCUGACAAUCCAGCCAUCGGUGGUCCAAACUAAAAUUGCUUCGUCUUCAUGCCCUGCUGAUAAAGAAAAUUCGAACGAUAUUAGCUGUGGAAAGAUACGAGGAUAAAGUUGCCAAGAUUUCGGGAAUAGUUUCUGAGCCUAUCGUUCCGAAGAUUUUGUUGGAUCCUUUAAACUUAUGCUACUUUUCGGAGUUCCUUAAUAAAAAUAGUUGAAGGGUGUGGUUAUUAUUGAAACGAGCUUUAUAACAUGCAAAUAAAUAUUUUAUAGCACUGAGAUGAAUGGAUAAUUAUACUUCGAUAAUUAUUAUCACUACAAAGAUGAAAGAAAUUCAAAUAAUUAGCUACGUCGCUGUCGCGUGUGUGUAUAUUUUGAAUACUGCUAUUAUUGUGUAAGUUCAAUCAGAGGUCAACGUGACGCUAGGAAUUUCUAUUCCAGUGAUGCUGACAAACAUGAAAUAGAGUUGAUCUACGUACAUUUGUGUACGCAAUAAUAAAAAACGACAUCCAAAUCACCCUAACAAUAAGAUUGUGUACAACCUUUUCAAAUCAUGGAUUUUUAUGUAUCUCGACUCAAAUAGAUUUGCAGCUUGCGUUACAUCAGACAAAAAAAUUUAAUUAACACAUAAAUAUUUAAAGUAGUAAUUAUCAUCACACACGUUUAUAUUACACAUAAUUAUUCACGUUAAUUACGGAUAGCUCAUUUGAAUUAAAAAAAUAGCAAAACAAUUUGUUGAUCGGUAUGUAAUCUGAUUACUAAUAAUUAUUAAACUAUUGAAUUGAAUAAAUUAUUUCUCCAAAUGAA